CUGUACUAGUCGUUUAGGACAUUGUUCCACAAUCGGGGGUUUUUAUAUACUCGUCCUUUUAUUUAACUUUUCUUUUCCAUAUCCAUUAUACGAAAAAAACAAUAUAUCUUGGAACUGUAUGUAAAACUUAUAUUUCCCCGUUUCUCUAUAGAAGAAUAUGUCAUCAAACAGCAUCAUCGAUGACAACGCAACUACCAGCGGAAACGAAAUGACGAAUUUGACGCGGUCAACGCCGCCUACCAGGGAGAGAAACGCAAUUUGGUACACAACAGUAAUUCUUCUUGUGAUCAUAAUCAUCCUGGCUACUGCAGGAAACCUGAUGGUUCUGGCUGCGAUGCGGAUAGAGAGAGGUAUCCGUGAACGAUAUUUCAUUGGAUGUCUGGCCGUCGCCGAUCUUUUGAUUGGAGUUUUCUUUUGUCCAUUGCAGUUGUAUGAAUAUGAAGUGCGUAUUACUUCGAUUCAUCUUUGUCGAUUUUACAUGUGGAUCAAUAUAUUUGCCGAGUCCGCGUCGAUUCAUACAUUGACGUGGAUAAGUUGUGAUCGAUACCUUAAGAUCAGUAAGCCAUUGCGGUAUAACGUAAUCAUGACCACGAAAAAGUCGAAAAUUGUGAUCACCAUAAUUUGGAUAAUUUCAACAGCGUAUGCCACGUAUGGAAGUUUUGAUAUGUACGUUUCACCUUAUGGAUGCUUCAAUAACAAUGAUCUAUUCUAUACUGUUGCAGCGAUCACAGCCUUUUUUGUUCCAACUGCCAUAGCACUGAUAAUGUACACUCGAAUACUUCUCGUAGCUAACAGACGACGAAAAAGAGCGCGAAGAGGCGAACUCGGACAAACCGGCCAAUUUACAAAUAAUACAUCUUCUUUCUACCAAGAUCUUAAAAAUAUCCGCAUGAUGGCCAUUGUUAUAGGUGCUUUUGUCUUGUGCUGGGGCCCUUUCUUUAUUAUAUAUUUACUUUAUCGUCAUGUUCCAGCUCUCUAUGACAAUGAAAUAUUACAAAGUUUGGCAGCAAUUAUUCUGCCUCCUUUUAACAGUGUUUGUAAUCCGAUAAUAUACGCGUGUUGUGAUAAAAGAUUCAGGGAUGCGUUCAAACGUCUCUUCACACGAUUGUGGCGAUGAACAUUUCCAGAAAUUCGAACCGA